AUAAGGAUACAGGUUUUGACGAAUGUAAUGGAAAGCGAAAAACAAAGUGCAGACAGAGAGACGCCACCACAGGACUGGAAAAGUUGCAAGCUGAUUAUUGACCCUGCUUUGACAAAGGGAUUGUAUAAAGUUUGCCGUUUUGAUGGACGAUAUUUUAACAUACCUGUGGAAGACUUAGGACUAUUUCCUGUGGACGCAGUUAGAGAUCCACGCAUCUGCCGCCUGUGGAGCAAGUCCAACAAGACUGAACUUUUGCUUCCCAAAUUCAAAGUCGAUGAAUGGUAUGUUGGUCCCGUUCCUCCCAAAGAAGUGACCUUUUCCAGGUUGAACGACAAUGUGAGGGAGGCAUUCCUGACUGACAUGUGCCAGAAAUAUGGAAAUGUGGAGGAAGUGGAAGUAUUUUACAGUCCUAAGAACAAGAAGCACUUGGGGAUAGCAAAAGUUGUGUUUGAUACGGUGAGGGCUGCGAAAGCUGCCGUGCAGAACCUCCAUGAGACAUCUGUAAUGGGAAACAUUAUUCACGUGGAGGUUGAUCCUAAAGGUAAAAAUCGAGCUCAAUACCUUCAGCUCCUCUUUAGUGGACUUUAUACUCCCUGGACAUUACCUGUCGGGAGCAGUGAGCAGACUCUUCAAGGCCUAGUUGACAGUUUGCUGGUGAGCUCAGUGCCUCAGCGGCAGGGGAGUGUGUGCAGCCCUGCCAGCAUUAAUACACCCCUCUCUCUGGACACUGCCUACUCCAGUAUUUGGCAAGAUACUCCAUGCAGCUUUGGUCUUACGCCGCAAUCUCUGGGAACCCCCCGCACUCCCUGCUUGUCUGUGACGCCCCUCUCCCAGGACUCCUGCUACUCCAGUCUUCAGGCAACUCCCAUCCUCCAGGUGGAGCCUUCUACCUAUAGUGUUCACAAACCUUUGAGACAACAGUUCCGUCGCCGUAAACCUUCAAGGCAUCACAGGAGAGCUAGACGAGUUUCAAAUAUUAACUUCUUUCUCAAGCAUUGCCAGCCACACCUUCCAUAUAACUUUUCAGCUAAGAUACCAGCAAGAAGUCAGCAGCUUUCACCAUGGAGUGACAAUAAAGAGACUCCUCAUAACAUCUCAUCCCCCUUUGAAGCUUCCAAAGACAUUGUUAUCUCGAGUUCUUCUACUUCACUUCUGGACUGCAACUCCUUUGGCGUCCCCAGCAAUCAUUUCCCAGCUGACCUCCAACUCAAAUCCCAGGUUCCGCGGAGUGACCCCCAGCCAGAAGCUGAGAGUUUGGACUCCCGUAUUGAAAGUUUGCUAGUAAACAGUCAGAUUACUCGCCCAUCAUAUUAUGAUGAAAAAACUUCGGAGCCCGAUGAGUUUUCUCAGGACAGCCCAGCUUCACCUUGUUCCAAUCUUCAAGGCCACUUCCCAGAUGAUUCUCCUUUUUGCACCCCAAACAGCCACCGGUCCUCCUGCAACAAUGCUAGCCCGACGUCACACAUAGAAAAUGAAGAGGAUGAAACUAAUCAAGCCAUUUUGUUUCUUACAAGAAGCUCCCAGUCUCCCGCUCCGUCCGACUUCACACAUUGUGAGGAGAGGAUUGACAUAAACUAUGAAAAGGAUGCAGAAAAUUCUCAGGCAUCAUGCUCCAAGGAGCAUCAUACAGCAAAUAAGGAAAAGGAGCUCGGAAAGAAAAGGCCGUCUGAAGCUGUGACACCACCUAGUAACCCUCCUCCUAAACCACCAUUCACGCCUUCCUUCAGUCGCACCGGUCAAUGUGUUUCUCCCACAGCUCCUCCAGUAGGUUUCACCAUCCCCCCCUUCCCCCCCUCCAUUCCACCAGUCCCACUUCGGCUGCCAAACGGCACCAUCCCCAUCCCACCUCCGGGAUGGAUACCACCUGUUGGCAUCCCCCUCCCCCCUCCCCCUGUUCCACCUCCUCCACCCCUUCUUCCCCCAUCAACCUUUCUGGUGCCUCCUCCACCUUUAAUGGUGCCACCUGCUGUGCACAUGUACCAGAUACAGAGUCACGUGGCAGCCCCUUUAGAUAAGGGUGGUUGUCCAAGGCACAGCAGUCCAUCGUUUUCAUUCCCCCGACCACCGUGGCCUGCCCCCCCCUUUCCCAUCUUUAACCGCUUUGUCCCACCACCAGCUUUCCCUCCUGCACUGGAGAACCCGCAUAAGAUCACAGCAGAAAAGGUUUUAGAAGUUCUCAUGGACGAGCUGAAAAUGAUUAUUAAAAAGGAUAUUACACGUAGGAUGAUUGAAGGGGUGGCUUUCAGGGCUUUUGAGGACUGGUGGGACUGUCAGGAAAAGAAAACAAAGAUACAAGUUUCUCCUUUAGUAAGUGGGACAGUGGGGGCAAGAAGCAAACCCCCAAAUCCCCUCAGUCGUAUCCAUGGACUGGGAAAAAAACCUCCACUGCCUUCCUUCAAGGUAAAAAAGAAAAGAUCAGGAGAAAUCGAAUCCGAUUUAGGUUCAGCUCACGAAAAUCUUGAGGUGAGGCAGAGUGCUGAUGUGGUGAGAUCUGAGAGAGCCAAACGCAGGCACACAAGACCAUUGGAGCUCGAAAGUGAUGAUGAUGAUGAUGAUGAUGAUGAUGAUGAUGAUGAUGAUGAUGAUAAGGAGAAAGAAACAAACACACUUAAAGAUGACAGCCUGACGUCAGACCGGAUGGAAUCUGUUGUUCCACUUGUUGAUGACCCUCUGACCCUGUCUGGCAGUGAUGAUCAUGGUGAUGACGAAAUUCACCAAGAUGAAGAAAAUAUGUUAGCAGAGGAAAAAUUACAAGAGGUCAUCCAUCACUCUCCAGAUGCAGAUUGCGAGAUUAUUUCAGAAAGCAGCUCAUCAGCAGAAAGUGAAUAUUCAUCGGACUUGGACUCCUCUGAUUCAUUCUACUCUGAGAGCUUUGAGGACUCCUCCACUGACCUCAGUGCAGGAGAUGAAGAUAUGGAGGGGGAGGACAGGGGCAACAGGAGUGAAGAGUAUAUUGUGAUUUCAUCAGAUGAAGACUCAGUGGAAUUGGAGCCUCCUCCAACCCCUUCAGCACCUCUAACCCCUGGUGCUCAUCUGGAUCCAGACCUGGAGGACUGGUUAGAAAUGUGUCACGGAGAUCGAGUGGAGAAUCAGGCACCCUGUCAACAAGACACUUAUGAUUUGGAGGGUAUUAUGGAGCCUCAACCUGGAGAAGCUCUGGACCUACAAUUCACUUCAACUACAGAAGUUUUAGGCCUUGCCAUUGUGACCGGGAGCCCUGAAUGGGCAGGAGAGUCUGUGGAGAACAUAACCAGCCUGAGGCCUCCCACUCCCACUGGCUGUUUGUUGGAUAGUGACCCAGAAAUGCUUAUAAAGAGCAAGCCAACUUCUCCUGCAGUGGAUGAUGUGGAGCGCCCCCCAACACCAGGCAAGGGGAUAAUAGCAGAAUUGGUACGUGCAGGCUCAGACAAAGCCAACAUAGUUCAAUCCCCAGCAAGCAGUGAGCCUCCUCACACUCCCCCUGAAAUCCUGUCUGCCUCAUACCCAUUUUAUGAGGAGAUGCCUAAAACUCCUGGUAAGGAGGAGCUAAGUGUAUGGAUGCAUAACAACUCUGGGAGAGCUCCACCAACACCUGGCAGAGAUGCUAUGCUGGACUGUGGCACAUGUGCUCCUCUCAGCAGCCCACCACAUGUUCUGCCACCAGCAAACCAUCCAUAUAUCACACCCCCAAAGACUCCUGGAAGAGACAUUAUCUUACCACGAAGAGACAUAAUCCACAAGAGGAAAAUGCACGUGACCUUACCUCCUCUGGCAGAUAAUGCUUUUCACAGAGGCUCUCCCCACACUGUCUCCUCGCCAUACGGCCUCUCUGUAUCCUCUUCUGACGCCGCUGAUGAUGAUGAUGCUAUCUCUAUUAGCUCAGGUGUGAGAAUGAGGCCCUUGCAGGGACUUGAGAAUAUGCCAGGCCUUUUGGAUGAGGAGACAUUUUUACAGAAGAAAAAAGUGUUGAGGCGGAGGAAAUGGAGAAAGAGAGCCCGUCUUUGGCACAGAUCACUUGAAAGAAGCAGCCGGUCACUCUCCUGUAACGGACGUCCUCACAGGUGGCGUUCACGCCGUGAAGAGAAAAGAAUCCUUCAUAGCAUUUGGAGGGAGGGCCUGGAUGAAGAAGAUGCCAGGCUUCUGCAGUGUAUUUAUGAACGGCUGCAAGAGCGGGAUGAUGGCGUUGGCUGGCUCAGUGACUCUCUGUGGAUACCUCACCCUCAUAUCCUUUAA